AUGGGCUUCACGGCGAAGCUGGUGGUGGCGGCGCUAGCGGCUUGGCUGGCCCUCAGCGUUGCCGGCGGCGCCGACAUUUGCAAUGUGACGUGGGACGAACUCCAGGAGUGCCAGCCGGCGGCGAUGCCGCCGAAACCGCCGCCGCCGCCGACGAGGGCGUGCUGCGCGGCGGUGGAGAAGGCGGACCUGAAAUGCCUCUGUUCCUACUCGAAGCUGCUGCCCGACUUCGGCGUUGACCCUGAACUCGCCAUGAAGCUGCCGAAAAAGUGCGGCCUCGGCGAAGUCAAUUGCUGA